AAAUGUUACAAAAAUUAGUUUCCAAAUACGGAAAGAAAUUGGUAAUACAGACAUUUAGUCAUGCGAGAUUUUUCUCUAAUGGAAAACAAGUUCUGAAGUUAAGUAAAGAAGAAAUAUUGGCCAAAAAUUGGGAGAGAAGAUGCGAAUUAGCAACUGCCUAUCGAGCAUUUGCAAAAUUAAAUAUGAACGAGGGUGUUUGUAACCAUUUAACAACAAAAGCUCCGUCACUUCAUUGUGACGAGGACAUUAUUCUUAUAAUUCCAUACGGUGUUUACUGGUCGGAGGUAACGCCGCAGUGUUUAGCAGGAAUCGAUAAAGACAAUGGCAAUUUAAUUGAGGGAUCAGACAAACCUGAGUUGACUGCGCACAGUAUUCACAGAGGAAUUUAUCGUCACAGACCAGAUGUAAAUGCCAUAAUGCAUACCCAUAGUGAAUAUGCUGCAGCGUUAUCAGUAUUAGAUGAUAUGGAGAUCAAACCAAUUCAUCAAAAUUCAUGUCGGUUUAUAGGAAAUGUGAUGUAUGAUAAAAAUUACGGUGCAAUUGCAGCUGAUGGAGAAAAUGACGAAGCUGAUCGGUUAGGUAAAACGAUUGGUGACAAAGAUAUAUUAUUGAUGGGUAACCAUGGAACAACAUCAGUUGGAAGCACGGUAGCAUUAGCUUUUGAUUUACAUUAUUAUUUUGAAAUAGCUGCAAAAGUUCAAAUAAUGGCUUAUCAAACUGGGAAACCGUUCAGGACUUUGGGUCCAGAUGUAGCAUUAUCUAUCUAUAAUUACAUGAGAAAGGAUUGUCAUUAUUAUGCAAACGCACAUUUCUCUGGUAUUCAAAAAGCUUUGAUGCGAGAGGAUCCAACAUUUCUGAGACAAACACGUGUUCAUCACUAAAAUAAAUAAAGAAGAUUUUGGUAAAACAUGAAUUUAUAAAAAUUGCAAAUAGAAAUGAACUUUAAAUAAUUAAAAUAAAUUUUGAAUAAUUAAAAUAAAUUUUGAAUAAUAAAAACAAAUUUAAAUAAUGAAAAUAAAAUAAAAUCAUUCAUUUUUCAUCCUUUCAUAUUUAUUAAUAAUAUUUUUUUAUUUUUUAUUUUUUGUAACCUUUGGAAAACAAAUGUAAAUUUUAGGUUUUUUAUUUUUGAAAUACCUUCGUGGAAUCGUGUCGGAUAUGUUAGUGCGAAUUUUAAAAUUUUUAGAAAUUUGCUUUAACAAGUCCGACACAAAUCCAUAUAGACAUAAACCCACAUUAUAA